UCAGCUGACGACUCGCAGUCGAAAUUCAACCGCUAUAGCGAAAUUGCGGCGCACCGGCUUUUUGAAUCCGAAUCGAAGGUGCGCGGAAUUACCCUCUUCAUCCUGUAAACCAGGACUUUAAGGACAGCCAUGCGGCUGGCACUACGCUACCUGGCCGUGGCGCUAGGCAUUUGGCUGGGCAUUAUAUACCUCAUCUACGAAGUCAGGAACCGCGACAAUUCGAAGCACAACAGUCCUGUGGAGCUGGUCUGGUGGUCCAGGGACAUGUCCUGGAACUACGACGAGGAGCGCCAGUGCGGAAUCCACACGUGCCGCAUCUCCAACAAGCGCAGCCGCCUGCCGAUGACCCGGGGCGUUCUGUUCUACGGCUCCAACUUGAAGACGGGCGACUUUCCCCUUCCGCGUCCCAAGCAUCAAGUGUGGGCCUUACUGCAUGAAGAAUCCCCCCGAAACGCUCCUUUCGUGUCCAAUGAAGAGUUUCUCCGAAACUUUCACUUCACCUCGACCUUCAGCCGCUUCAGUAACUUUCCCCUGACCACGCAGUACUUGCCCAGUGGACAGGCACUUACCUCUAAGGACUACUUUGUUUCCUUCCCUGGGAAGUCCAGACACGUAUAUCGUCCGUCUCCGUCGGUGGUGUUCCUCCAAAGCGACUGCGACACAAUGUCUGGAAGGGAGGAUUACGUGAAGGAGCUGAUGAAGCAUCUCUCGAUCGAUUCUUACGGCAGCUGCCUGCGUAACAAAGAUUUACCGGAAAGCCUGCAGAAGGAUUACUUAAAUAAUCUCUAUUCACCGGAGUUGCUGCGUUUCCUGUCCGAGUACAAGUUCAUGAUUGCCUUUGAGAAUGCUGCCUGUCCCGAUUAUAUAACCGAAAAGUUCUGGCGCCCGUUGAUAAUGGGAGUGAUUCCAGUUUACUUUGGCUCACCCACAAUAAAAGACUGGCAGCCGAAUAAGAAGUCGGCGGUUUUUGUAAACGAAUUUCCCAAUCCGCGGGCCUUGGCAAAGCAUUUAACCGAAUUGGGCGAGGACCAAGUCCAGUACGAUUCGUAUCGCCAGCAUAAACUGAAUUGGCGCAACCCCAUUUCCAACAAGAAUCUGCUCCACAACCUGGUCACGCGGCAGUACCACAUUGGUGAUUCGUCUCCGGGAGGAUCACUCUUUGAAAAGUUCGAGUGUGCGGUCUGUUACCACGUAAUUAACACCGCCAGGAAUCUUAAGGCAGACGCUCGUCAUUACAACUGCCCCCUGGAACCGGUGUAUGCUCAUCUGGAGGAUCAGAAAGUGCCGCAGAAUGUCGCCGAUUGGCGAUCCAUGAUGGAAGUAGGCCACUGCCAAGCGAAGAUACUCGACGAGUUUUUCCGCCGAAACAAAAGCUUCAAUGAAGCAGACUUUGAGGCUGAACUGAACCGGAGGGUGGAGGGAAAUCAUUGCAAAUAGAUCAUCCUAAAUAAUGAAUCUUACCAUAAGAAACCUCAGGCUGUAGCAAUACAGAUUUUACCAUGUGAUAAUAAAUUUACAUCUAUCUAUUUACCAAA